UCUCUUAACAAAACCGAAAAAUAUAACACUGAAGAUUGAAGAACACCAUUGUUCACAGAGGAGAGAGAAAAUCACUUUGCGAAGGAGGAGAGAGAAAGCUUACAAAAUUCAACUUUUGAUUUUUGCGAUUUUGAGAAAGGAAUUUCAAUUGUUUCGUUUUGAUUAUUUGCGCGGAAAAAUUUCGAGUGAUUUCUUCAUCAAAACCCUAGAAUUUGAGUUCGGAGUGGAGAGAUCACGAAUCUCUCACUCAUAUCAAAAUCAAUGGCGAAUCGGAGAACAACGAUGAAUUUGUUGAUUCUGUUCUGCAUUUUGUCGUACAGUGUUUUCGCCAUUGCAGCGAAGAGUUAUUAUGAUAUAUUGCAAGUUCCUAAAGGAGCUUCAGAGGAUCAGAUCAAAAGAGCUUACAGGAAACUUGCGUUGAAGUAUCAUCCUGAUAAGAAUCAAGGAAAUGAGGAAGCAAACAAGAAAUUUGCGGAGAUUAAUAAUGCUUACGAAGUUUUGACAGAUGGUGAGAAGAGGAAAAUUUAUGAUAGGUAUGGUGAGGAGGGUCUUAAACAAUAUGCCGCAAGUGGCGGCCGAGGUGGUGGUGGUGGUGGGAUGGGUUUUCAGGACAUAUUCAGCCAAUUCUUCGGAGGAGGUAUGGAAGAGGAAGAAGAGAAAGUAGUGAAAGGAGAUGACGUGAUUGUAGAUCUAGAAGCAUCGUUGGAAGACCUGUACAUGGGAGGCACACUGAAGGUAUGGAGGGAGAAAAAUGUCAUUAAGCCAGCAUCUGGAAAAAGGGACUGCAACUGUCGUAACGAGGUCUAUCAUCGCCAAAUUGGGCCGGGAAUGUACCAGCAGAUAACGGAGCAGGUCUGCGACAAGUGUGCAAAUGUGAAAUUUGAACGUGAAGGUUAUUCCUUAACGGUAGAUAUUGAGAAAGGGAUGAAAGAUGGACAAGAGAUAACUUUCUGGGAAGAUGGCGAGCCCAAAAUUGAUGGAGAAGCAGGGGAUUUGAAGUUUCGUAUUCGUACAGCACCCCAUGAUGUUUUCAACAGAGACGGCAAUGACUUGCGCACAACUGUUACUAUUACUUUGGUUCAAGCACUUGUUGGAUUUGAGAAGACUAUUAAACACCUUGACGGACAUUUGGUAGACAUCAGUUCAGAGGGUGUCACGAAACCAAAGGAAGUAAAGAAGUUUAAAGGAGAAGGAAUGCCAUUGCAUUUGAGCAACAAAAAAGGGGAUCUUUAUGUCACUUUUGAAGUCUUGUUUCCAUCUUCAUUAACAAAAGAUCAGAAGGUGAAGAUCAAAGAAAUUCUCGGUUAGAUGUCGAUUGGAGAAAAUUUUUGUUCUGUCCAAGUAUGUUUCCAUAUGCUCACUGUAACAUGAUGAACUUCUUACCAUAGAUUUCGUUUGCCGCCUUUUCUUAAAAAUUUUUCUUCUCGAUUUAUCAUUUUUAUGGAGUAGAAUAGGGUUUCCUUGAUAUUGCAAGUUGCAAAUCUCCUGUAUUUAUAAGGGGCUUCUGCUGAGAUUGCAAAAGCACGGUUGAUGGGAAAAAUUAGGAUUUGUUAUAUGAUCAAAUAUAGCAUUGUAUUUUUUUUGAUUUCGACGAUCAUGAUAAAUCAAGUGUUUUUGGUGGUCGAAUGCA